CUGAUCACAUCCGACGGACUUGCUGGAAAAGAGAAACUGAGAUUUAAAGACGAGCAUUUACCAUUCUCACCCUGUGCUGCUUGAGAGAGAAACUCUUUCACUUCUUGCGUUGGUGGGCUAUUCGCUUUUUGCGUUGUUUUGGCUUCCGACGUGGCGAAGGAGAUGUCUUUCCCCCAGCUGGGUUACCCGCAGUAUUUAAGUGCCUCCCAGGCGGUGUAUGGAGGUGACCGUCCGGGAGUGCUCACUCCCUCAUCCCGGGUAGGGAACGGUGAGAUCGGGGGAAGCGCGUCCGCGGCGGCCGCUGCGGUGUCUUCGGUGUUGGGCAUGUAUCCGUACGCGCACAACUACAGCGCUUUUCUGCCUUAUACCAGUGCCGAUCUAGCUCUUUUCUCCCAAAUGGGCUCCCAGUAUGAUUUAAAAGACAGUCCUGGUGUUCACCCAGCAAGCUUUGCUGCACACAGUGGACCUGCUUUCUACCCCUACGGGCAGUUUCAGUAUGGAGACCCUAACAGGCCUAAAAACGCCACACGGGAGAGUACCAGUACUCUGAAGGCUUGGCUCAACGAGCACAGGAAAAACCCAUAUCCCACCAAAGGCGAGAAGAUCAUGCUGGCCAUCAUCACCAAGAUGACCCUCACACAAGUGUCCACAUGGUUCGCCAACGCCAGGCGGAGACUCAAGAAGGAGAACAAGGUGACAUGGGGAGCCAGAAGUAAAGAGGAUGAAGAUGGUAACAUAUUUGGUAGCGACAACGAGGGGGACGCCGAGAAGAACGAAGAUGAGGAGGAAAUAGAUUUGGAGAGCAUAGAUAUCGACAAGAUCGAUGACAAUGACGGAGAUCAAAGCAAUGAGGAGGAUGAGGAGAAGCGCGGGGAACUGGAGAGUAUGCAGGAGAAACGGCACGCGCUUGCGUUCGAGGCUCAUGAGGCCUUUGACAAAUCCAAAUCAAAUGCGAUUUCCGUUAGCAAAGAACCUUCCGACGGAAACAACAACAACACGAGGGUGCUGUCCCCAGGUCGACAGGGAAGUUUUCAAGUUCCGGUUAGCAAUAAGCCCAAAAUAUGGUCGUUAGCGGAAACCGCAACAAGUCCAGAUAGCGCACUAAAACCCACGUCCCCGACCGUUCCUGCCACUCAGGCGGGGUCUCACCCGGCCUUCCUGCCCAGCCACGGACUGUACACGUGUCAGAUUGGAAAGUUUCACAACUGGACAAAUGGCGCAUUCCUGGGCCAGAACUCCCUGCUGAACGUACGAUCUUUUCUGGGCGUCAAUCAGCAUCACCAUAACCAUCACGUCCAUUCGCAACAGCCCACGUCGGUGCUAGUGUCAUCUAUGCCAGCCGUGAACAGUGACAAUGCGCCAGAGGACCUGAGUCCAAAACACAUAGAUCGAGAAAACGUUCUCAGAAAUGAAUCCCCAACGCAACCUUUAAAGUCAUCGUUUCGUCCUAUUCAUGACAGCCCAAGAAACCAGCAGGAAUCAACACAGAGGGUGCUAACAGCUCUCUCUUCCGCUUGAUCAAGACAUUUGCCCGGGAAAAAAGACUGAUGGCACUCAUAAUGGGACAAUGCAAACGAAAUCAGCAUAGCAUUCAGUUACUCUAAAACAAAUGGCGAGUUUGAUUAGCACCAGUGGAGUUGUACAUAUGACACCUGUGAUCCCUUCCUUACCGUGGGACAUUUGGUAGGCUUAUUUUGUCUUUAUGUGAUGGUGUUUUCCUUUAAGGUGACCCACAUUUGUAAAUAGUUGACGGAGUUUGUUCAGAUCAUAUAUUUUGUCUAAUAAACUAAAUGAAAUUAUAGACAAAUUCAAAGUACUGAUGGGUUUUUGUGGUCUC